AUGGCUCCAUUUGUGGCUUUGUAUGGGCGUCGUUGCCGAAGCCCGCGUCAUCAAGAAGAGUUUAACGUGGGGGAUGGGUUGUUGCUACGAGUAUCGCCGAAGCGUGGAGUUGUUCGUUUUGGUGCUCGUGGGAAGUUGAGCCCUAGGUUUAUUAGUCCUCAUGAGAUUUUGGAACGAGUGGAUAAGAUGGACUAUCGGUUAGCUCUUCCCGAUUCCUUGGAAAAAGUUCAUGAUUUAUUUCACGUAUCUCAAUUAAAAACAUAUUUUGCAACGACCUCUCAUGUUUUAGACCCCGAACCCUUGGAGUUACAUACAAACUUGUCUUCUGCUGAACAACCCGUUCGAAUUUAG